CGUGGCAUGAUUUGCACCAAUUGCAAAGGAGAAGUCCCUUCGGUUUUAGUGAAUCAUCGGACCUCCACGUCUACGGAUAAAGAUCCUCGUCCUGCCACGUCAUCGUCUCUUUUCUCCCCUCUCGCCCCCAAACUUGAGCAUCAUCAAUUCGAGCCCAGCUCAAUUGUUUCGUGUUUUUCUCCUUUUUUAAAAAAAAAUCUUCUCCAACCAAAAUUCGAGCGGCUGAUUUUUGUAAGCUUUCAUGUAGAUGGCAGUUAAGCUACAGCGGCCGGGUCCUGUAUCGUUAAGCUCUUCAAACCCUUGUCUUUCGCGGAUGUCCACUCGAACCUCUAUUUCCUGCAGAAGGGUGGUAGAGUUGAAUUAUAUAUCAAACCGCUGGGGAAAUUCGAGGAGCAGGUUGUUUGAUGUUCUGGAGAGUAGGAACUACUUUCUUCAUAGAAAAUUUCUGGGAAACAAGAAGAUAAGCUGGUCUAAAUCACGGAGGACGAUGCAGCGUUUUCUCCUUGCAUCUGCUGACGAUGGAGUGGCUGUUAAUGGGAGCCCCCAGUCAAGAGCUAGCGAGGAUGUUGAAGACAUGAGGGCCAAACUCACUGGAUCACUACAAGAUGAGUACAACUGUGAUGAACUCAUCCAGUCUUUGCAUGAUGCUGCCAGAACUUUUGAACUGGCGCUUAAAAAGAAGAUUUCCUCUUCCAAAUUACCAUGGUUUUCAGCAGCCUGGCUGGGAGUGGAUAGAAAUGCGUGGGUCAAGACGUUUUCUUAUCAGGCUGCCGUGUAUUCCUUACUACAAGCUGCAAAUGAGGUUUCGUCUAGAGGAAACAACAGAGACAAGGAUCUUAAUGUCUUUGUACAAAGGAGUUUAUCUCGCCAAGCUGGUCCUCUUGAUAGUAUGAUGCGGGAUAAACUAUCCUCCAGUCACCCUGAAGCCAAUGAGUGGUUUUGGUCUGACCAAGUUCCUUCUGUGGUGACAUCUUUUGUGAAUUGCUUUGAGGGGGACCAACGAUUUGUUGCUGCUACUUCUGCUUAUGCCAAAGGCAAGUCCUCAGCUGCAAGCAACGAGAUUGAGGUGUCACUUCUCAUGCUUGUGCUGAAUUGCAUCGCCGCAGUCACAAAACUUGGCCCGACCAAACUUUCGUGCCCGCCCUUCUUUUCUGUGAUUCCAGAUACAACAGGAAGAUUGAUGGACAAAUUUGUUGACUUUGUUCCACUCCCUCAGGCCUAUCAUUCAAUAAAAAGCCUAGGUCUACGCCGAGAGUUUCUUGUUCAUUUUGGUCCCCGGGCAGCGGCAUGCAGAGUCAAAAGUGACUGCUCUACAGAUGAGGUUGUCUUCUGGGUCGAUCUAAUACAAAACCAACUGCUGCGGGCUAUUGAUCGGGAGAAGAUAUGGUCAAGAUUAACAACGUCUGAAAGUAUCGAGGUUUUGGAAAGAGAUUUAGCUAUUUUUGGCUUCUUCAUUGCCUUAGGCAGGAGCACGCAGUCUUUUUUAGCUGCAAAUGGUUUUAAUUCGCUGGAGAAUCCCGUGGAAGACCUUGUCAGGCACUUCAUCGGGGGCAGUCUCCUGCAAUAUCCUCAACUUUCUGCCAUCAGUUCAUAUCAGUUGUAUGUAGAGGUUGUCUGUGAAGAAUUAGAGUGGCUUCCUUUCUAUCCGAAUAAAAAGGAUUCCCAGCCAGCCGAACAAGCACAUGGGCAUAGAAGCAAACCACAAGGGCCACCUAAUUAUGAUGCUCUUCCUCAAAUAUUGAAUAUUUGCUCUUAUUGGCUACAGAGCUUUAUCAAGUACAGCAAAUGGCCAGAGAAUCCUUCUAAUGUCAAGGCAGCAAAAUUCUUAUCCAAGGGGCACAACAAGUUAAUUCAGUGCAAGGAAGAACUGGGGAUAUCAAGUUUGGCAGUAACGGAAGCAGGGUUUAUUGACAUGAAUGCGUUCUCAACUGAUAAAGAGUCUAGCUCAUUUGACAAGGCUCUAGAGAGUGUAGAUGAAGCUCUCGUGAGACUGGAAAGCUUGCUACAGCAGUUGCAUGCAUCAAGCUCAUCCUCUGGAAAGGAACAAAUAAAAGCCGCUUGCUCUGACCUAGAGAAAAUAAGGAAACUUAAGAAAGAGGCUGAAUUUUUAGAGGCGUCUUUCAGAGCCAAAGCAGCUUCCCUGCAAGAGGGAGAUGGUGACAGCGACUCUCAGGAGUCCUCCGAGGAACAAAAGCAGAAUCUGAAAGGAAAUGAGACAAAUAAUUCAUUCAACUCUGUAGAUCAAGGCACAAGGAAUCGUGGCUUCUGGGGUUUCUUUGAACGCCCUCCAAAGAGGAAGCCUGGCCCCAAGUUAUUGGCAGAUGGAUAUAUUGAGAGAGGCAGUGAAAACGAAGAUAGCGGAAAUUCCGAACCCAAUGAGAUCUAUCGGUUCGAACUUCUAAGGAAUGAACUGAUAGAGCUGGAGAAGCGGGUUCAAGGAAGUACGGAUGAGUCGGUAAAUGUAGAGGGAAGAACCUCUGAGGAUCCUCCUAAAUCUAUGAAAGGUGUGCAGUUGGUUCAGAGCUCCAAGAAAGAAAACGUCAUUGAGAAAACUAUCGACCAACUUAAAGAAACAACCACGGACGUGUGGCAAGGUACUCAGCUUCUUGCGUUUGAUUCAGCUGCUGCUAUGGAGCUGCUUCGGAGGUCUCUAAUAGGAGAUGAAUUGACGGAGAAAGAAAAGAAAGCUCUGCGCAGAACCAUGACUGACUUAGCAUCAGUUGUUCCAAUUGGUGUUCUUAUGCUUCUUCCUGUCACAGCAGUUGGUCAUGCGGCUAUGCUUGCUGCAAUUCAAAGAUAUGUGCCAGGCUUGAUACCUUCGACCUACGGACCCGAAAGGUUGAACCUAUUAAGACAGCUCGAGAAGGUCAAGCAAAUGCAAAAUGAAACGGAGCCCGAGGAAGGCAUUGAAGAAACAGAAUCAUGACUUAGAUCAAGAUACAAAAUCAGUUUAUACCUCAAGACUUCACUUUGUUCUAUAAUUCAUUGACAAGAGUUGCGCAUAGAGGAUCGCAUUCCAUGUGUCAGGUACGCCCGGUAGGCACCAGUGGCUGCAGUCUUGAGGAGCAUCAACAGGAGUACCUUGCUCUCGAUACCGAGAAGGAUGACCAUCUUUCCUAAACUCUGUCAGAUAUGUAAUGUUGAGAAACUUAACCUUACUAUGUUGAUAUCUCAUAUCUUCAAUUACAUCAUAGAUGUAUCUGUUGUGAGUUGCAUCAGGUUCCAUCUUCCUUUUAUCAGUCUCAGGCUCCAUCUCUGCAUCACAUAGACCACCCAAAUUCCAUGUCCCGUUUCUGUAAUGCACUGGAGAGUAGCUUCUGAAGAAGACAUGACUCUUGUCAGGAUCGAGUCUCUUUAAAACCCAUGACUUCCAUGUCUUCAAAGACUUCCCAAAUGCUUCCAUUACUCCCAUUGUCUUGUUCACUUUCCUUCCCUCCUCAAAAUAGCAUCCUGUUAACACGGUUUUGUCUUCGUUCCACCAGUGCCCUGUGUUGAAGACAAGAACAUCCGAUCCGACCCAUCUUUUCGAUUGCCAGUUGAAUUCGUCGACUCUCACAGUGGUUUUAAUCUCUUCAGUGGAGUUUUCCGGUGGCCGGCCAAUCACGACGAGAAAUGGUGUUCGAUGAUACUCAACUGUGAGGUUCUGCUGAGGGAAUCGCACCGAGAGAAAGCCCUUGUGUUUAGUUAUUGGGUUCCCGUUUACUUCAUAGAUUUCAGAUUUGUUAGGUAUUGCUUGUGAGAGCAUGCACAUUAGAGAUUCCCACUGGUUUCUUCCGAUGGAAUCUCCCACGAACACUAUCCUCCCGUUCCGACUCCUCUCCAGAAAAUCACUUGCAUUAAAUCGUGGAAGAUCGCAGCCGUGUGGUUGCCAUCGCCAAUGGAGAUAGCCAGAAUCAUUUCUUCCGUUCUUACGACAACGAAAACCGGAAUCAAGAAAGCGACACUCUUCUCCGUAUAAUAAUCCAAGAGACGGUGAUGUUCGACGAACCCAUCUUCCGUUGGAGUAAUCGCAGUCUUUAUUUAUGUUUCGCGAUGAUGGCGGCAACAAUCCGAAACGAAAAAGGGGCUCGAAGGAGGAAGAGCCGAGGAGAUUGACGAUGACGACGCUGGAGAAUAUGAGGAGGCCAAGUAAAGAGAGGCUAGCGAAGAAAUGUUUCUUGAUCUUGAAAACGUACGGACAUGACCAGAGAGAGAAGAGUUGUUGAUGAUGAUCCAUGUUGUGAUGAUCUCUUCUUUCUCUCUUUGAACAAGUCUUCUUUUUCUGUAAACCAGAGAGACGUCAAACUAAUGCGAAUAUUUAUAUGAUUAGUAGUCUAUUACAUCAUGGUGGGCGCUUCCUUGGCCCCACGUUCGUCUUUACAUAUCUCCAGAUUGUAAUUAGCGACGACGUCGGAUCUAAUUUUGUGUAAUAAAAAUUUAAACUAUCAGAGAUGGUAAUGUUUU